AUGGGAACUCUCCAUAUUCAAGAAGAAGUAAUUAUUGACAUCCUCAGCAGGCUAUCCGUGAAGUCCCUUCUUCGAUUCAAGUGUGUUUCGGAAUCUUGGAAUACAUUAAUCUCUGAACCUUACUUUAAGAAAAUGCAUAUCAAUAUUCAUGCUAAGAACCAAAAUUCCCAAAAAAUGCUUAUCAGCCAAAUGUCUCAUAAUGAUAUUUUUUUCACCUUCUAUUCUGCUUCUUUAUCCUCAGCUCAACUUGUUAAGGAUAUACGUAGACUAGAUUGGCCUUCAAGCUCUAAACCAUUGGAUGGUAGAGUUUAUUGUUGUUGUGAUGGCUUGUUUUUCAUUGGGAUUUGGAGUAAAUUUGAGGAACAGCCUUCAAUAUUAUUGCUAUGGAACCCGUCCACGAGAGAGUCAAUAAUACUUCCCCGCCAUCUAGAAUUGCUACCAGAAGGAUAUAUUUAUGGAAUGGGAUAUGACUCUACUAGUGAUGACUAUAAAAUCCUUAGGAUUGACGGAUAUGAUGAAGCACCAGACGAAAUUUUGGCACUUAAAAGUGCUUCCUGGAGAAAAAUUGAUGAAACCUCAG